AUGGCUGACGUGCAGAUCUUAAAAAAUUUCAACGCCACACGCGUUUGCUCGCAAACAGAACAGGCCGAGCGGGCGACGCCAACCGGGAAUAUCGCGGAUCUGGGUGCCGACCCGUAUGGACCUAUGAGGGGCUUGCUCGCCACUUCCUUGGCUGAUCUGGGAUCACAUGGUCGUGACGGUGGCAGCCGGUCAGUCGCUUUCAUUAACCCCAACUCCUACGUCAACAUCAUCAUUGGUGUGUCCACCUUUGUCUCUUUCUACGGAUACCUCUUGUACUACAAGGCUACCAAGAACUCGCUCCAUGGCUACGGCCUCCAGGGCAAGUUCAUCUGCAUCAUCGUGGUCCUGGUGCUCUUUGGCCUUCAGAGUGGUAUUCUGGAGACCAUGGGAGCACUCAGUGUCAUCCCCUGCUUCCCACCCUUCUCGGUCGACAUGCGCUCUCAGAUUAUCUUCCAUUACGCUGUCAUUGUCGAGAUGUUCUUCAUCAGUUUGUUGGCCCGUUACUGCUUUAGGAAGGUGGAGCCAGGCGAGGACUCCCUCGAUGGCCUGUCCAAACCCAGCUCGCCCAAGUCUAACCGGACGGCUACUGUCUGCGGCUUUCCUGAACCUGACAGCUUCUCUCUGGGAGUUAACCCAGCUUACAGCAGUGACCCUGAGGAUGCUCUGUACAGGAUCGAACACACUCCCUUGGAAAGGUUUGACUUCAGGCUGGCAAAGAAACCAGCUCAGGACAGCUGUUUCAUCUCGGUACCUCUGAACGGGCAGGAGGCAGCCACACGGAAACCAAAUAGCUCACAGCACAAAGCCGGCCUUCCUAGCGCUGGGCCUGGCACGGUGAAUACGGUUCAGGUGAAGGCACAGAUAAACCAACCC